ACUCGAAAUUCGCUUACUCCGAAUCGACCCAAAUUCUCAACGAAGUAUACAAAUCAUGAUUUCCGACUGUCAAAAGAAAAAAGAUGUGCCGAGAGUCACUUUCGAUCAAACUGCUUUGACGAUACCGGUUAUUGAUAAACAAUACGCAUUUACGCAAUAUCUAUCUGCGUCAAGCGCUGACGCACUAGGGCUAAAAUUAGCACCGAGCUCAUUGGCUGCCUUGCAUUAUUGGAAAAUUCUGGCACGUCAAAGUAUUUGUGUGAAACAAUCGAUUUUACAUUUAAGGAGUCGCCCACUCGGUUCGUACACAGAAUCGUCGAGCUCUACGAAGCGAAGGAGGUAAAUCCGACGGAACGCAAACGACCCCGAAGUCUAAGCCGAGUCGCAGUUGUUGCUGGCCAAUAACUCGACCUAUACCUAUACUGUUGAUCAGUUCAAACGACACAAAAACCACUACAAGACAAAUAAUUUCAUCGUUUGGAGAAACAAGUGUUUAUAAUUUAACAUGAUGAUCACCAUGACUGAAGCACUGGACAGCCUUGCUCAAGUUGCUACGGACCAACUUUUUGGUUUCGACACUGCUAGCCUUCUCACACCUCAGCUAGCCCGCCAAGUCCCUCAACUCAGUGCCGAGGAAUUUUCAUUCGUACACUCCGGCAUGGAUGAACCAACCAACAUUUUUGGUGAGCCGGUUGAUUUCCACGACACUUCUGUUCCAGGAGAUCUUGACCUGGACUACACUGUACCAGACGUAAAACAAGAAGGAGUAAACCAGUCUAUCAAAGCCUGUCAGCAGCGCUUAGCCCAUUUCAAAGGGCCAAGUCUACAUGAUGUGAUUUCAGGACCUACUGGAUCAACACCGCCACCGAGCGGACACGCUUCCCCUUACAGUUCGCCCGCUCAUAAUCUCUGGAUUCCUGACCGUACAGUUCUUACUCCGUUAAUCAGCCAGGCCGGGACUACGCCUUGGAGCUCAUUCUUCCAAGACUCAAAGCUUCCCAUGUCGCAGGAAGUGAGUUCAGGACAAAACAAGGUACAGAAUCCCAAUCCACAAGAGCUUCCACAAGAGCAGGUACCAGUGACAACUUCAAACAACACUCAGAACAUCUCUGGGCUCCCUAAACUACCAGCACAGACCAACUUUUACCAACGACCCAUGCAGCAGCCAGUGAGCUCCACAUCGCCAAUGUUUAUGCAAGCUACAGCUACAUUGAAUAUGAAGUGGCCAAUCCUUGGUGGCCCUUCUCCAUUUCCUACCACCAUGUCUCCUGAUCAUACUGCAAUGAUGGACAAACUGCUCCUGCAUACAACACCACCAGCUGAUUUUCUUACAAUGCCAAGCAAGCCUGUUCAGAGAGGUCGUCCUGCAAAAGCUGGUAACUCUUUAUUAAAAGCCAAGCGUAACAACCCCACUGAUGGUCGCUCAAGAACACCACCAAGUGAGCGGCCUUAUGCUUGCCCAGUGGACACUUGUCCUCGGAGGUUCUCAAGAUCUGAUGAACUGACCCGCCACAUGCGAACCCACACUGGACAGAAACCAUUCCAGUGCCGUAUAUGCAUGAGGAACUUUUCCCGCUCAGACCAUCUGACAACUCACAUCCGUACUCACACUGGAGAAAAGCCAUUUGCCUGCGACACAUGUGGUCGACGAUUUGCACGAUCCGAUGAACGCCGUCGCCACAUGAAGAUCCAUUUGAGAGAACAAGCUAAGAAAGAGGAGGAGGCCAGAAAAGCUCUGGCUUCUCAGUCUAAUGGAACUGUUUCACCUAUUCAGAGCCGGUCUCCUCAAUCAACGCCAUCACCACUCCAGGUCCCAGUGACCUCAGUGAACUCUUUUUAAAGUGUUUGCCAAAAACACAGCAGUGCUGGCACUGUUAAAGACAUUGUUAAAGACAUUGCAAUAUUGAGGAACUCUUAAUAUGUUGAACACUCAGUGAUUCCAAGAACAUUUGUGUAUAUUACUUUAAGGAGAAAUUGAAAAGUGGGCUGGUCCUGUGUACAGAUUUUCAUUACGCAGAUUUUUUUCAAGGUACUGCAAGUACCACAAUGAUGCCUCAUGACAUAUUUUUCAUACAAAGAAACACAAUGUUACAAUACAGCUGGUCUCUGUAUUUGUUUCAAACUAACAAGAGUUUCCCAAACACCGUUUUCUGUUUAAGAGAACGGUGCUAAUGUUUUGAAAAGAAGUGCUCAUUGUUGAACUUCAUGUAAAGCUAGUUGUAUUUAUAAGUUGAGUAUAUUCAGAAUUAGGCUGGUCCUAUUAUUGUACAUAUUUUCAUGUGCAGAUGUUUUUAGGCACUUAGUGUCCCAGUGGGAUCCAAAGGGACCUAUUUUUCAUACAAUGAAACUUACAGACAAAAGAUACAGCUGGUUUCUGUAUACAAUUAAUCUAAGAUAUUUUGUGUAAAGAUGUUAUGUUUUGUCAAAUUGUUCUCCUUGGUAAAGUAGAAAUAAUAAUUACUAUACAUAAUUUUUUUCAAAGUAGAAAUCAAUUUACAAAAAUGCAUAGCUUUUUUUAAUAUUUACAUGUACUCAUAUAUGGGUAAAACCCAAUUGUAUAAACAUUUAUAGAUUUUACAACUGUUUAUCAAGGAGAAUAAUUUUUUCAAAUGUCAGAGAAUAUUACAAACAAAGUUAAGUCAAGCUGGUUAUUGACUAUAUAAACUAAGUGCUGGUCACUACAAGAUGAUAAGAAUAAAAGUUGAAAAAUUUGAAACGA